AUGCCCUCCGAAGACCUCGCAACCGCCCCCUCACCCGCCUACCCAGGGGCCCAGGGAAUCCCCUACUUCACACCAGCCGCCAACCCAGGCGCAGCCCUAAACCCCGACGCAGAGGGCACGCCGACGCUCUUCCGCCCCAUCAAGAUCCGCGACGUAACGCUCAAGAACCGCGUCAUCGUCGCGCCCAUGUGCAUGUUCUCCGCGGAGUCAAACCCCGCAUCCCCGGCCAUCGGCGCGCUGACGGACUUCCACAUCGCGCAUCUGGGCCACUUCGCGUAUAAGGGCGCAAGUCUGGUCUUCACCGAAGCGCUGGCUGUGCAGGCCAACGGGCGGAUUUCGCCUAACGACGCCGGCCUCUGGCAGGAGGGGACGGAGUCCGAGCAGUUCAAGGGUUUGAAGCGGGUCGUGGACUUUGUGCACUCCCAGGGCGGGAAAUUGGGUGUGCAGCUCCACCAUGCUGGACGGAAGGCGAGUACCGUUGCGCCGCCGAUGGCGUUCUCGAAGGGCGUGCGCAGUCUCAAGGCUGAUGAGGGCGUCUUUGGGUGGCCGAAGGAUGUCGUGGGCCCCAGUGGAGGCGAGGAGAACAAGUGGGAGCCUGGGGAUGUCGCAUACUGGACUCCUAGGGAGCUGACUGUGGCUGAGAUUGAGGAGAUUGUGAAGGCGUUUGCCAAGAGCGCGGAGACCGCCAUCAAGGCCGGUGUUGAUGUUAUUGAGAUCCAUGCCGCGCAUGGCUAUCUAUUGCACGAGUUCGUGAGUCCCGUGACAAACCACCGGACAGACAAAUACGGAGGCAGCUUCGAGAACCGCACGCGGAUUCUGCGCGAAGUUGCGCUGGCAAUUCGCGAGGUUAUUCCGGAGGGGACGCCGCUAUUCCUGAGGGUCAGUGCGACGGAGUGGAUUGAGGGCCAGCUGGAUGCUGAGAAAUAUGGAAGCUGGGACUUGGACGCUAAUAUUCAGCUGCUGAAGUAUCUCCCUGAGAUUGGGGUGGACCUCUUGGAUGUGAGCUCCGGUGGGAACCACAAGGACCAGAAGUUCCACUUCUUCACGGACUACCAGACUGAAUUGGCGGCUAAGCUGCGGAAGGAGAUCAAAGCUGCCGGAGCCAAGACGCUGGUUGGUGCCGUGGGCUUUAUUACGCAGCCUGAGGCUGCGGCCGAGAUUGUCCAGGGUGCCGAUGAGGAGGGCUCUGAGCCCAAGGCCGAUGCGGUGCUGAUCGGGAGGCAGUUCUUACGUGAACCGGAAUGGGUUCUUAAUGCGGCGAAGAAACUGGGGGUCGAGGUUCAUGCUCCUAUGCAGAUUGGCCGCUUGGCAUGGUCAUGA